AUGGGGAAUGAGCUUGAAGUCAGUUCAAGAAGCCCCUCCUCUUCCUCCCUCCGAAGCCCCGCCUCCCAACGGGUGUUCAGGUCACGCUACAAGAUGGUGACCCGCCCGGGCUCCAGCGUCGCACACAGCCUCCACUACAACCCCGCUCUGUCCUGGAGGGCCAAGAGGAUCCAGACUGCCAGGAGUUUCCUCCAGAGCCGUCGCAGAGCUCCUCACGACAGACACCCGUCAUCCAAUCAGCACUGGAGAGGGACCGGCAUGUGCUGGAUUGGUGGUGCCCUGUAUCGAGUGUCAGCCAAUAAGCUGUCCCGCACGGUGGCGUCCGACAUGUCGAUCAAUCGAACAGGACGAAGUUUCAGCUUGUCUCACGUCUCACCUACGUCUGCUGCUUUGAACCGGCCCUUCAGCACCCGUCAUCUGGCCAGCCGUGCGGUCCAGCGGAGCCUCGCCAUCAUCAGACACGCUCGUCAGAAGAAGCAGCCGAGGCAGUACUGCAUGUACUACAACCGCUUUGGCAAGUGUAACCGUGGCAACAGCUGUCCCUACAUCCACGACCCCGAUAAGGUGGCAGUUUGCACCAGGUUUCUUCGUGGGACGUGCAAACAGGCGGACGGGACUUGCCCAUUCUCACAUAAGGUGGCGAAGGAGAAGAUGCCAGUGUGCUCGUACUUCCUGAAGGGAAUCUGUAACAACAGUGACUGUCCCUACAGUCACGUCUACGUCUCCCACAAGGCUGAAGUGUGUGAGGACUUUGUUAAAGGCUACUGUCCCGAAGGAGAGAAGGACUCUGGAGUGUAUGAUCUUCUGAACAUUAACACUACAAGUCACGGGAGUAAUUCAGGGUUCAGUAUCUGGCCCAAAGACACAUCGACAUUUAGACUGGAGGAGCCGGGAAUCGAACCACCGACCAUCUGA